AUGUUCUCCGCCACUCGAGCUCUCCGCCAGGCUGCUGUGCACGCCGAGCGCACUCCUCUCAUCAAGUUCCUGGGUCCUCGCACCAUCCCUGCCAACCUCGACCACUCUGCCAAGCCUCACCCCGCUUCUCCUACUGGCACCCUCCCCGAGAACUUCACCCACUACGGUGACGGCUCAGCUUCCUCCCGACACACCUCCUUCAGCUCCUACCGAGACCAUGCCCAGCAGCACGGUCCUCUCCAGAAGACCAUCCGUCUUGAGGAUGGCAUUGGCGGUACCUCGGGCGCCAGCCUUGGCCCCGUCAACGCUCCCUCUGGCAUUGCUUUCGACGUCUCUGAGCUCCCCGCUCGCUUCCGCCGUGCUGCCCUCAGCGCCGCUGAGAUCGAGGCCAUUGAGUCUGGUGGUGCUGCUCUCGUCGGCUAA